GUCUUAAUCAGCUUUGUUAUUGUAGAGUGAAGAUUAUUUUUCUCUAAUCGAGUAGACUGGGUUAAAGAAGCCGGCCCAAUUAUGACGGACCGGAAGCAGACACGUCACACCGGUUACUGAGCCCAACGGGCGUCAUUGUCAACACCCACGUUACGCCGGUAGGUGUCUCCCUUCCCCGGUCGCCGAUCAAAAUACCUGUACUUUAAUCGCCUUACACGUGUCCUCCUCCCUCUCGAUCUUAACCGAUCGCCGUCUGACCCACCAAAAAGGAAAUACACACAAAACUCCUAACCAAACCUCAAAAUCCUCACCGCCGGCAAACUCCACCCUAACCUCUCUCUCUCAGAAUGGAAAACGAAGAGGAGAUGGAAUCAAACCCAACAUCCCCAGCAUCGUCAGACCACCAAAUAGGACCAUCACAGCCAGUAACCGUAGCGGCGCCGCCACCGCCGGCGCGUCAGUCUCUAACCCUAGCCCUUCCAAUUCAGCAACCCCGGAUGACUAGCACCAUCACCGGCGGAGGCGUCACACACGGCCGCGAAGAUUGUUGGAGCGAAGGUGCCACAUCGACUCUAAUUGAUGCCUGGGGUGAACGAUACAUUGAGCUGAACAGAGGCAACCUGAAGCAGAAGCACUGGCAAGAGGUAGCCGAUGUUGUGACCAGCCGCGAAGACUACACGAAGGUGCCCAAAACCGAUAUUCAGUGUAAGAACCGAAUCGAUACGUUGAAGAAGAAGUAUAAGGUCGAGAAGGCCAAGAUCUCUUCUGGAUUCCCCACCAAAUGGGUUUUCUUUGACCGCAUUUAUCAGCUCAUCGGACCCUCGUCGAGGAAAAACGAAGAUCUCGACAAUAACACCCCAUCCGGGCCCACCCCGAAGUCAUCCGCGGCAGCCGCCGUUAGGAACUUCAGAUCGUUGCGACAGCCUCAGUUAAAUCAGCGGGAGUCGACCAACUCGGGCGACUCGACGGAUGGUCUUCCCCCGGCGACGAAUAAUGUGAAUGGGAAGAGAUGGAGGUUCAAGAGAGAAUCAAUUCGAAGUGGUUGGGGAGGUAAGUCCGAAUCUUCGAUGAGGGAGCUCAGUCGGGCGAUUUUGAAAUUCGGUGAAGUGUACGAGAAAGUGGAGAAGUCAAAGCUGGAGCAGAUGAUGGAGAUGGAGAAACAGAGAAUGGAGUUGACCAGGGAAUUUGAGUUGCAGAGGUUGCGGUUUUUCAUGAAGACCCAGAUCGAGUUGUCUCAGCUGAAACACGGAAGAAGGGUCGUCGUAGGUAAUGGUCGACGGAACAGUAAUAACAGUGGAUAGAACUCAAUCCAUGGAUCCCUCGUGUAGGAUUGCCCCUUACUACUGCCUCUGUUGAAACCCAAAUCAAAUCAAACAAAAACCACCCAUAAAAAUGGUGGAAGUUUUUAUUAUGAAUUAAAUUAAGGAUCUCUCAAUCUUAUCUCCUCGACUGUGUUUUUAUUCAAUUAUUUAAUAGAUUUGGGUAAAUGGUACCCAUUUUAAAGACA